AUGGAAUUGCCAGACCGGCAGGAUGCCAUCAGGGCUGUUCUCGCGGCUGGCGAUCAGCGACUGGAUGAUCUCGGCAUUGACCUUUUCCGGCUGGAUCAGGGUGAGCAGCGGAUGCUCGGCGCGGAACGUAUCCCAGAGCGAGAAGGUGGAGCGAAGGUGAAACCCUGUGCCCGUGCGCCGAUCGUCCGGGCCCGCGAUGGCAACCGUCGCUGUCGCUCAGAUGCUGGGCGCGAAGCAGGCUGUGAUAAAGCGCCGUGGCGACCAUCCGGCGCAUGGGGCGGGACCCUCCAUCGAUCGCGCUGCCUCGGGUCGACGCGUUGGUCCGGCCGGAUCGCAUCGAUUGCCCAGCUCGCUGUCGAGAUUUGGCGAUCGCGCCUGCCUCGUCGACGCCGGAGAUCGACCUUCACCUCGAGCGGUCGGUCGAGCUUUUCCGAAAAUCAAGCCGUGCCAUCAGUGCGCGGCCCAGUCUUCGGCCACCGCGUCGCUACCGCGCCCGGGGCCUGA